AUGUCAUCAUGUCUUCUUGACCGUUUGCCUGUCGAAUGUCUUUAUAUGAUAUUUGAAUAUUUUUGGGCUCAAGAAAUUUUUCAUUCAUUUCUGAAUGUCACUCAAUAUAUUAGUCAAGUAUUAUACAAUUAUAACGGCUAUUUGUUUAAUUUUAAAUCAAUUUGCAAGAAAGAUUUCGAUCUCAUUUGUCGUUCUAUUAAACCUUGUCAAAUUCAAUCACUUAUACUCUCAGAUAGUGAAGAUACAGUAGGACAAUCUCAACUCUUUCUUUCAUUCUUUUCUAUUAAUCAAUUGAUUCAUCUUCGUGCAUUAACAUUGAUCAGUAUUGAUCGUAAUUCCAUAUCUGCUUUUUCCGACAUACACAAACUUCCAUGUCUUGACUCGAUUGAAAUCGAUAGCAAUUCUCAAAUUUCAAUCAAUUCGAUUGCAUCUCAACUAAAACGAAUCAUUGUAAAUUCUUGUUCUGAUGACUAUUCCAAUCAUGGAAUGUUAAUUCCACCUAUUCAAUUACCUCGUCUACGCUAUUUGUCUUUAGAAAGAUGUUCAUUUUCUCGAUUGUAUUCAAUACUUCGUCUUGCAUCAAAUCUAGUUUCACUUCAUGUUUCAAUCAUAUAUUGGAGUUCAACAGAAAUGAAUCAUUUGAUCAAUAACGAUCAAGAGUCACCAUUCAAACUUGUUUAUCUCUAUAUGACGAUGAAUAUACGAGGUGAGUAUAGAAAGAAUCAAUUGACAAUGCUUACUAAAUUUGAUUUCCAUUUCAAAUUAGCAUGGUAUCAAACACAUGAUUGGGUUAACGACGACUUUAUACUUGCUCCUUUCCGAACUUCAUUUUGGAUCGGUCAAGAACGGCAAUGGUUCGUCGUCUAUAAUCGUCAAUCACGGAGUCUUUUCACUGUACCUCGAUUUGCUUCAACAAUCUGUUCACAUCCGUCAGAAUCAAUUUUAUCUCAUACAACAACUGUACCUAGAGAACAGUAUGGUAUAUUUUAUGAUCAUAUCACUGAACUUAUUCUUGAUAAUACUAAAACAACCAAUAUUACUAGUUAG